GCUGUAACUCCAACAUGGACGUGGACAUGGAAGCGGGAGAGGAAAUGCCGGAGGAGCCUCUACAGCAGGAGCUUAGCUGCCCCGUGUGUACCCGUCUCUACGAGGACCCCUGCCUGCUGCCGUGCACCCACAGCUUCUGCCGGGAGUGUUUGGACAAGAGCGGCCGAGCGCACCGCAGAUGUCCCGUGUGCAGGGCGGACUUUGCCGAGGGACAGGCUAUCCCCAAUCGUGCUCUCAGCAACGCUUGCGAGGCCUUUCGCCGCAGUAGCGACUGGCUGAGAGGCAACAAACGUCCGGGCGAUGAUAUCUGCAGGAUUCACCUGAAACCUCUGGAGCUGUACUGCGAGAAAGACGAGGAGCCCGUCUGCGUGGACUGUGUCACGCUGCACCAGACGCACACCCUAUGGCCGCAGAGAGAGGGAUUGGGGCUCUGUAAGGUGUGAGCUGCUGUUGUAUACAUAUCUAUACAUGCAGUCGUU